AUGGUGGAGCUGGAGAAGGAGGUGCUGCCCCUGCCCCCUCGCUACCGCUUCCGGGACCUGCUGCUGGGGGACUGGCAGGCCGACGAGAGGGUCCAAGUGGAGUUUUACGUCAACGAAAACACCUUCAAGGAGCGGCUGAAACUCUUCUUCAUCAAGAACCAGCGCUCCAGUUUGCGGGUGCGUCUGUUUAACUUCUCCCUCAAGCUGCUCAGCUGCCUCCUGUACAUCAUCCGGGUGCUGCUGGACGACCCCCAGGAGGGCCGAGGGGGCUGCUGGGGCUGCCCCAGGCAGAACCACUCCGCUCACCACCUGAAUAAAUUUGACUGGACCCCGAUUAUCUGGGUGAAUAGGCCUCUGCCCCUCUGGGGGCUGCAGGUGCUGGUGGCUUUGAUCAGUUUCCUGGAGACGAUGCUGCUGGUGUAUCUUGGCUACAAGAGCUGCCACCACUACCCGUACGAGGACGCCCGCGCCUACCACUUCCAGAACAAGCUCAUCAUCGUCUCGGCCGAGAGAGCCGCCAACGGGCUGUACAACUUCAUCGUGCCGCUGCGGGCCUACUACCGGCCCCGCAAGGAGCUCAACCCCAUUGUGCUGCUGCUGGAGAACACGCCGGAGACCCAUUUCCUGGAGGCGAUCUGUUGGUUCCCGCUGGUCUAUUACAUGGUGGGCUCCAUCGAUAAUCUGGACGACCUGCUGCGCUGCGGCGUGACCUUUGCUGCCAACAUGGUGGUCGUGGACAAGGAGAGCUCCAUGAUCGCGGAUGAGGACUACAUGGCCGACGCCAAAACCAUUGUCAACGUCCAGACGCUGUUCAGGCUGUUCCCAGGCCUGAACAUCAUCACGGAGCUGACGCACCCGGCCAACAUGCGCUUCAUGCAGUUCAAGGCCAAGGAUCGCUACGCACUGGCCCUGUCCAAACUGGAGAAGAAGGAACGGGAGAACGGCUCCAACCUGGUGUUCAUGUUCCGUCUGCCUUUCGCUGCGGGGAAGGUCUUCAGCGUCAGCAUGCUGGACACGCUGCUCUACCAGUCGUUCGUGAAGGAUUACAUGAUCUCCAUCACCCGCCUGCUCCUGGGACUCGACUCCAUGCCAGGCUCCGGCUUCCUGUGCGCGCUGAAGGUGACCGAGGAUGACCUGUGGAUCCGCUCGUACGGGCGCCUCUACCAGAAGCUCUGCUCCAGCACGGGGGACAUCCCGAUCGGCAUCUACCGCACCGAGAGCCACCUGUUCUCCGCCGCCGAGCCGCAGGUCUCCGUCAGUGUGGAGGACUACGAGGACACGCGGGAGCCGCGCGACGCCCUGAUCUGCCGCCUGGGGCCCCGCGACUCCACGGGCAGUGACCAGGCCGAGCAGCCGCUGCUGCGCCGCAAGAGCAUGCAAUGGGCCCGGCGGCUGAGCCGCAAGGGCGGGCGCCACCCCAGCAAGACGGCGGCCGAGCGCAUCAGCCAGCAGCGCCUGACGCUCUACCGCCGCUCCGAGCGCCAGGAGCUCAGCGCCCUGGUCAAGACCCGCAUGAAACACCUGGGGCUCUCGGCCGCCGGAUACAUGGACAUGAUGGACCACGGCAACACGCUGUCCUACAUCCUGCUCAACCCCUCGCCUGACACGCGGCUGGAAAUCAACGACGUGGUGUAUCUCAUCCGGCCCGACCCCCUGACCCUGGUCUCCGCCAGCAGCCCCAGCCGGAAAGCCAGCGUCAGCCGCUCCGAGGACCUCAAGGACAGCACUCACCUGUGACCCCAGCCAGGAGACACGUGCCAACACUGUGACCCCCCAUCCCCGCUUCUCGGCAAUGGACUCUGCCAGCCCCCGAGCCCAGAU